AUGGGCUGUGCAGGGAUUCCCGUUGUAUCUGUUCUAUCUAAGCCGAGAUUCCUGUGCAGAGGCCCGGCCCUGAAGACCCGCCCUCCUUUGCUCCCUGCCAGGUACAUUCUGUGUGACGUCAACCCUCCAGAAGGCUUCAGCCUCCGUAGGGCCGUGUGUAUCCACAUCGCCUUCCUCCUGAAGACCCUGAUGAAAAUGGAGGAGUCGGUGCUGGUGCUACCCCCUUGGGGCUGCCUCUACCAUUGGCAGAGCCUGGACAUCCACCAGGUCCGGAUUCCCUGGUCUGAGUUUUUUGAUGUCUCAAGUCUCAACAGAAACAUCCCUGACACUGAGUACGAACAGUUCAUUGCAGAAUCUCUCAUCUAUUGUAGGCUUCAGUGUCCAAGUCUGGUACUUCUUCCUCACCUCUAUUGGAUGCUGAUACAUAACAGACACGACCUCCUGGAGAACCUCUGCUGCCACGGAGCUAACAUGGAACUGGGUCCUGAGAAGGAUUUGUUCUUUACGGAUUCUUAACUCCUGUAGAAUUCAUAUUUUACUCUCAUAAAUGCUUAUUUUCCUCAUAAUAAAUCUUUUAAAAAUAGGAUUA